AAUCAGAGAACCGCAAGUUGUUGUUCUUGGGCACGCCACUACAUCCAUAUAGACGGGGAUCCUGUUUCAAAAAUGGGGAAUACAUGAUUACGCAGAAUAUCCAUGAUAAAACAAAACAAUAAGCAGGUAAAGAUGAUUAUAGAAUAACUAAUUUUUGAAAGUGUGUCUUGAGAUAAAGACAAAUAGUCUCAGGAAAGCUAAGAAGGGUUUAGGAAAAGCAGAGGUAAUGAAUGAACAUGAAAUUCAAUACCAUUUGGCAGCAGUUCAAGGCAGCUUGCCACUUAUCCAAAAUUUUGUUGCUGGUGGGUCCAAAAUCAAUAUAGAAUGUAAAGACGAGGAAGGCACAACAGCAUUGAUACUGGCUGCUGCAAACAACCACUUAGAAAUCGUAAAAGAAUUACUUUCCAAGGGAGCUGAUCCUAAUGCAAGGAGGAAGACAGGCACAACAGCACUAUUUUUUGCUGCCCAAGGUGGUCAUCUUUCAGUUGUCAAAGAACUCAUCAACAGCGGUGCACAAGUUGACCUAGCUAGUACAGAAGGUGGAACUCCUUUGUUUGUUGCCUGUCAAUGUAAUCAUCUCAAUGUGGCAAAAGAGCUUGUCUUACGAGGAGCUAUUGUCCAUGCAACCAUGAAGGAUGGUGCAACACCCCUGUUUGUCGCAUCACAAAAUGGUCACACAAAUGUUGUAAAGUUUCUCAUCAGCAAAGGUGCUCAUGUCAAUCAAACUAGGAUUGAUCAAGCUAGUCCUUUGUGGAUAGCAGCACAAGAAGGCCAUGUUGCUGUUGUGAAAGAGCUUCUUGUUUCUGGAGCAAAUGUCGAUCUUCCAAGACAGGAUGGUGGAACGCCAUUAUUUAAAGCAUGUCACAAAGGGCAUAUUGAUGUUGCAGCAGAGUUAAUAGUUCAUGGAGCUUCUUUGGAUUUACUGAAAAAUGGGGAGACUGCCUUACAUGCAUGUGCUCUGUUUGGACACUUUAACAUUUUAAAGAAACUUAUAGAAUCUGGAGCUGAUCCACAUCUGAAGAACAAGGAUGGGCUUACUCCACAUGGCAUGGCAAAAGAGGCAGGGAAAGAAGACAUUGCUUCAUAUUUAGCAACAGCCAAAAAAUCUUAUUCAACAACAGUUUGAAGAAAACUUGUAUUUAGUAGAUCUUUUUAAGAGAAACAUUCAUAGUAUCUAAAUAGUUCACUACUAUAAAAAUAACAUGUUUAAUCUAGUAAGGCAACUUUGGGCUGGGUUUGGGUUGGUGGAUAUUCUGACCUUAAUAAAUACAUACUAUCAUAAGGUCUGUACCAUUAUAUAUAUUAUUAUCAUUACCCCUAGCCAGCUUACCAGCUAAGCAAAUACCACAUUAAGUUUAGAUUACCCAAACAUUCACAGAUUGUUCCUUGAAAUCCCAUGGAUUGGAAUAGACUUUCAAAGAUGAACAUGCUCUACUUAUGAGAUUAAACAUUGUGCUAUGGACACUCAUUAGCUCCCUCAAGAAUGGGACUAAAAUACAAAGCAUUUUGCUUAAACUUUAUAGUUAAAUGAUGCUUAUUCAUAGCAUCAUAAUUUGAAAAGACUAUUUUAACGAACCUUUGUUUACCUCUUAUUUAUGAUUCUUUUUGAAAUAAAACAUUCAUAAGCAA